AGCAGUGAUCCGGGCAUGAGCGUGCGGUGCAGCCCCGCCUGCCCCGAGCCCUCCAGGCCCUGUUCUCACGCCUUCUUCUCUCUCCCACAGUCAUGCCAGGCUGACCUCGUGAAGGACAACGGCCACAAGUACUUCCUGUCCGUCCUCGCGGACCCGUACAUGCCAGCGGAGCAUCGGACCAUGACAGCCUUCAUCCUCGCUGUGAUUGUCAACAGCUACAACACGGGGCAGGAGGCCUGCCUGCAGGGAAACCUGAUCGCCAUCUGCCUGGAGCAGCUCAGCGACCCGCACCCCCUGCUGCGCCAAUGGGUGGCCAUCUGCCUGGGCAGGAUCUGGCAGAACUUCGACUCGGCCCGGUGGUGCGGGGUGCGGGACAGCGCACACGAGAAGCUCUGCAGCCUCCUCUCCGACCCCAUCCCCGAGGUCCGUUGCGCGGCCGUCUUCGCCCUGGGCACAUUCGUGGGCAACUCUGCCGAGAGGACAGACCACUCCACCACCAUCGACCACAACGUGGCUAUGAUGCUGGCCCAGCUCAUCAGCGACGGGAGCCCCAUGGUGCGGAAGGAGCUGGUGGUGGCCCUGAGUCAUCUCGUCGUGCAGUAUGAAAGCAACUUCUGCACCGUGGCCCUGCAGUUCAUGGAGGAGGAGAAGAACUACCCCCUGCCUUCCCCCGCGACCACAGAGGGGGGCAGCGUGACCCCGGUGCGGGAGAGUCCGUGCACCCCCAGACUCCGUUCUGUGAGCUCGUAUGGAAACAUCCGCGCAGUCACCACAGCCAGGAGCCUCAACAAAUCUCUGCAGAACCUGAGCCUGACAGAAGAAGCGGGCAGCUCGGUGGCCUUCUCCCCCGGCAACCUCAGCACCAGCAGCAGCGCCAGCAGCACCCUGGGCAGCCCGGAGAACGAGGAGUACAUCCUGUCCUUCGAGACCAUCGACAAGAUGCGCCGCGUGAGCUCCUACUCCUCGCUCAACUCCCUCAUCGGGGUUUCCUUUAACAGCGUCUACACCCAGAUCUGGAGGGUCCUGCUGCACCUGGCUGCCGACCCCUACCCAGACGUCUCUGACUUGGCCAUGAAGGUGCUCAACAGCAUCGCCUACAAGGCCACGGUCAACGCCCGGCCCCAGCGCAUCCUGGACACGUCUUCACUCACCCAGUCGGCCCCCGCCAGCCCCACCAACAAGGGCAUGCACAUCCACCAGGUGGGAGGCUCGCCGCCAACAGCCAGCACCAGCAGCUCCAGCCUGACCAACGACGUGGCCAAGCAGCCGGUCAGCCGCGACCUGCCCUCGGGCCGGCCGGGCGCCACGGGCCCCGUGGGGGCGCAGUACACCCCCCACUCGCACCAGUUUCCCCGGACGCGGAAGCUGUUCGACAAGGGCCCAGACCAGACCACGGAUGACGGGGACGAUGCUGCCGGACACAAGAGCUUCAUCUCGGCCACGAUGCAGACGGGGUUCUGUGACUGGAGCGCCCGCUACUUUGCCCAGCCCGUCAUGAAGGUGAGGGUGGCCCUGGCGGGGCACAGGUGCCGGCGGCCCAGGGCCUCGCUCCCGGCCCCCUGUCUACAGUAGCCAGCUCUGGCCUUGGUGCUGAGCCCGCCCUGCCGCCUGGUCCUGCGCUGUGCUGCCGGUUCCCUGGGCUCCUGUGAGCCCCGUGGGGCCCACACAGACCAUACUGACGAGCCGCAGGCGGGUGGGCGGGGCUCCCUCGGCCUCAGUGCCGCCCUCCGCGGCGCCUG